GUGAGAUUAACACAAGGUGCUUUUUCAUUUUUACCAGACUUAACUGAUGAGCAAAUUAUAAAACAAAUUGCUUAUGCGAUAUCUAAAAAUUGGUCAAUUAAUAUAGAACAUACAGAAGAUCCACACCCAAGAAAUAGUUACUGGGAAUUAUGGGGUUUACCAUUAUUUGAUAUUAAUGACACAGCAACUGUAAUGUAUGAAAUUAAUAGUUGCCGUAAACAGAAUCCAAAUGUAUAUAUUAAAAUCAAUGCUUUUGACAAUACGCGUGGUAUUGAAAGUUGUGUUCUAUCAUUUAUUAUUGACAGACCUGCUUAUGAACCAGGUUUUGAAUUAGUAAGAACCGAAGAUGUUGGACGUAAUCAAAGAUAUUGCUUCCGUAGUUAUGCAACAUUUAAACCAGAAGGUUCUCGCUACUAA